GACACUGACAGUGAGAACAAAAAUUUUCGGCGUACAAGGUGUACCUCUCAUUGGCAAUUUGUCAAACACCUGAUCAGCUGGGUCGUCAAUACACAAAAAAAUUCAGCAUAAAAAGACCUCUGCAUCUCUCAGUGGCAAUUUAUCAUACACCUUACCUUCUGGGUACUGUAGCUUUAACAAUGGACAAGGAAAGCGCCACUCUUCCUAAUGGCAGCAGCUUGUCCCGCAAAGUGGUAGCAGUGGCUGCCGGCGAAGCCCACACUCUGGCUCUCACAGGGGAUGGCUUUGUGUAUUCAUGGGGAAGAGGCAUGUUUGGGCGUCUUGGGAGUGGUGCCGAGGCCGACGAGUUCUUCCCAGUUCGAAUCAAAUUUAAUGAUCCACGUUCUGCAGAAGAAAGGAGGCUCAAGCUUGUGGGAGUUGCCGCUGGUUCUUACCACAGUCUUGCUCUUGCUGAUGAUGGAUCAGUUUGGUGCUGGGGUUACAACAUCUAUGGCCAACUUGGUGUCAAUGGAGAAAAUUUUCUGGUGCCCUGCUUGCUGGAACGGUUCCUUGAGGUGGGAUUUGCGACGGAGAGUGAAGUGCCACUACAGGUUUGUUCUGUUAAAGCUGGAGGAAUGAUGUCUCUAGCCAUUGAUAAUCUAGGUGGCCUUUGGAUGUGGGGCAAUUGUCCACUCGAAAGCAGCAGCAAUGAAGGUGGGUUCUCGCUUGUGAGCAGUUUCACUCCAACCCCUGUGUGGGAUUUCCAUGGCCAUACUGUUGUGAAGGUGGCAUGUGGAAAUGAGCAUGUUGUAGCCCUAGUUAGUGCUGGAGAAACAUAUAAAGGGGAAGAUCUUGUUUGCUUCUCUUGGGGAGGUAACAACCAUGGUCAGUUAGGCCUGGGGGAUAAAGAGUACAGGAAUCGUCCUGAAAUUGUUGAAGCUUUUAACCAGGACUCUCCUUUCGCAGUUUAUGAGGUAGCAUGUGGGGCUUUUCACACGGCUUUGCUUACCCACAGAAAAAGGCCAAGUGACACAUUAGAAAGCAUGUGCUGGACGUUUGGCCUCGGAGAAAAUGGGCAGCUUGGGCAUGGUACCACCCAAAGUGUAUUGUCUCCUGAAACUGUGAAAGAAUUGCCACAAUACAUAUAUUUGGUUUCUGUCGACUGCGGCUUAUUUCACACUAGUGUUGUUUCAUCUGCUGGAGAUGUGUGGUCAUGGGGAAUGGAGAAGGGUCUUGGUCUAUGCCCAGAAGCUAGUUAUGCCGGGAGAGAUACAGGGGAUGCUGUUUCUCCCAUACAGAUUAACGGAUUGAAUGGGCCUAGGUUUCAGGAUCCGGUCCAAGUUGUUUGUGGAGCUGCUCAUACUGUUCUUGUAGCAAAUGAUGGAUAUAAGCUUUGGUCUUGGGGGAGAGGAAGGAGUGGGCUUCUUGGAAAUGGUAAGACGAUUGACUGUUAUGCUCCCACUGUUGUCUCGUGGCCUCCACUUACAGAGGAUUUCAAGCAAGAAGAACUAAAUACUGUUGAUAAGGAAGCUACAGCUACUAUUGACGAUGGAGAUAAAGUCGGGGAAAAGAAUUCUACAGGAGAAGCUGAAACAGAGAAAAGGCUGUCUUUGGCAAUGAAAGAGAUGAAGCUUCUUCAGUCAAAACUUUCAGCGAUGGAGAAGUAUGCUGGCAUACUUCAUGGCUCAAUAUUUGGAAAACCCAUGGAAGAGCAAGAUAUUCCAGUCUCAUUGCAGAACUCAGGUAGUUAUGACAUUGCAAGGGAAUGGGAGAACAUGUUAGAGUCAGCAGAUCGUGCCAAGAUUGUCAGGCUGGAAAAGUUCUACCGGAAUAUGCUUGCCGGUGUGAAAGAUAAGCUAAUGAAGAAACGGAUUCAAGAGAUAAUAAAGGAAUGCCUGAAUUCUUCUACAAUAAACAGAGGUAAGGGAGAUGUGUAAUUCUAAAAUGCGAAUACAACGGGCAAUAUACAUAUGAAAGUUCAAAUGAAGAGAAGGAAUGUCUUCAUUCUUCUGCCUGGGGAACUAGGGCUAUAAACAAGACCCUUCUCAUAUUGUUUAUGUUUGUGAAACAAAUCUCUCUGUAGUUUGUACAGAGACUUGUCAGUUGGUUUUGGCAGGUUGCUUACUAUGGUGUAUAAGUGAUGAGAGUUUGAGUACUCUAGAAAAUAAAGAUCAUAUGUACAAUGUUCUCCAAAAAUUUUGUACUGUUGAAUAAACAGCUUGUAGAUCAAGUAUUGUGAGCGCACUAGUAAAGUAUAUAAGUUUUAGACUAUGGUC